AUGUUCUCUUUUUUGAUGGACAACAGAGACGCCGAUCUUAGUGGGAGUUCGCCAGAUCCGCGCGCCUUCACCAAAAGGCUCCGACAUGAAGACGUUUCAGAUAUCCUAAUUGCCCAGCAUAACCUACUCUUACGCCUGGAAAAGACCAACGCUAUGCUUCAGACCGUGAAUGAGCUCUCGAUUCACCGAUUGGACUCACUUGCUAGCCAUUUGCGAGCGAACACGCGCCUUCUAGUUUCGAUGAAACGUGAACUCGCCACGAUUCUCAAGCGAACCGAGUCAGUGAAGAAAACGCUCAUGCACCAGUAUCCGCCUGAGUACGAGCAAUCCUCAAGCUCCAUCGAGAGUGCUUGGAAGGCAGAAUUGGAGGCUGAAACUAGGGUGACUUCUGAUGUCCAAUCCCUUACUCUCAUGCAGUCUAUGGGUCCGCUUACUGAGUGA